AUGGGCGAUAUUGGAGUUACUACGAAUGAUACUGCUGAGGCUAAUGGCCAUGAAGUGCCACAGGGGAAAAAGCAGAUUCUUCUGAAUGCUUUUGAUAUGUCGACUGUUGGGCAUUUGUCGCCUGGUCAGUGGAAGAAUCCCAAAGACAAAUCUGCGACAAAGCGCAAACUAGACUAUUGGGUUGAACUCGCCCAGCUUCUCGAACGCGGUGGCAUCAAUGCCUUGUUCCUGGCUGAUACGUACGGCGGAUAUGAUACCUACCAGGGUAAGCUGGAUGAGUGUAUUCGUCGUGCGGCACAGUGGCCUGUAACUGAUCCUACCAUCCCCAUCUCUGCCAUGGCUGCUGUGACCAAGAACCUGGCCUUCGGAAUCACGUCGUCGACAUCGUUUGAACCACCGUUUCUGCUGGCGAAGCGCUUCUCGACAUUGGAUCAUUUGACGGGUGGUCGUGUUGGAUGGAACAUCGUCACGUCAUGGAAGAAGGCUGCCUUCAAGGCCAUAGGGCUUGACAGUCCCAUCGAGCAUGACGAGAGAUAUGCCCAGGCAGAUGAGUAUCUGCGGGUAGUCUACAAACUAUGGGAAGGCUCCUGGGCCCCCGACGCCCUCUCCCCCAACCCCGAAGCAGACUCCUACGUCGACCCCGACAAAGUCCGCACAAUCGACCACCAGGGCAAAUACUUCAACCUCAACACCCGCCACAUCGUCGACCCCUCACCCCAGCGAACACCCUUCCUCUUCCAAGCAGGUACCUCACCCGCAGGCUCAAACUUCGCCGCAACCCACGCCGAAGCAGUCUUCGUCUCAAGCCACUCCCCAGCCCUCCUCCGCAAAAAAAUCGCCAACAUCCGCAACCUAGCCGCGGAGAAGAACCGCGAUCCGCAAUCGAUCAAGUUCUUCGCAACUUUCACACCUAUCAUCGCCGAAACCGAUGAGGCUGCAUGGGCCAAGUACGAAGAACUCAAGAAAUACGCCUCCGUCGAAGGUGGUCUGGUUCUAUUCAGCGGCUGGACGGGAAUCGACAUCUCCCGCAUCCCACUCGACCAGGACAUCACAGCCGCAGACUCCCUCGAAGCACACAAAGUAACCUCCAUCCUCGACGCCUUCACAACAACCUCCAAGGAAAUUCCCAAAUGGACGCCUCGGGUCGUCGCACAGCGCGCUGCCAUUGGUGGACUCGGUCCCGUAACCAUCGGUAGCGCUGCAACCGUCGCAGACGAAUUAGAGCGCUGGUUCGAAGAGGGUGACCUGGACGGGUUUAAUUUAGGUUAUGUUACGACACCUGGAACAUUUGAAGAGGUUGUUGAUCUGCUGGUUCCUGAGUUGAGGAGACGGGGUGUGUAUCCGGGGCCGUUGCCAGAGGGGGAGCGGUUGACGGCGAGAGAAAAGGUUUACGGGAAGGGGCAGAGUGGGUUGAGGGAGGAUCAUGUGGGGAGUGGGUAUAAGUAUGAUAGUUAUGAUGAGACUGUUGCGAAGGAUGUUAAGGUUGGGGAGGAUGAGGUUGUGGAAGAGGUUGGGGUUGGGGAGGGGGCGUGA